GUACAGAGGGACAAUCAUCUCCCUGUCCUUGCCUGCCACCCCCCCUUCUAAAGGAUCUCAGGAUACCAUUGGCAUUCUGUGCUGCAAGAGCACACUAUUGGUUCCUGCUUAGUUCUUCAUCCACCAGGGUCCCAAAGUCUUUCUCUGCAGGGCUGCUCUCAAGGAGUUCUUCUCCCAGUUUGGUAUAUGUAUCUGGGACUACUCCAACCCAAGUGCAAAACUUUGCACUUUGCUAUGUUGAACCUCAGUAAGUUCACACAGACCCAUCUUUGAAGUUUGUUGAGGUCCCUCUGGAUGGUGUCCCUUCCGUCUGUGUCAACCACACCACUCGGCUUGAUGCCCAAGGGAGCAAUUUUCAAAAUUUAAAAAAUAUAUAUAUAUUUGAUUCAAGAAGGGUGAUUGAAGGCUCCAUCCACUGCAUUCUACAGAUGUUUGCAUGUGGCUGGGAAAAGCCCAAUGACAUUAUAUAACAUUGCAGAAAAGCUUACAGAUAAGAUUUGUAAUACAUUUCUCAACAGGGAUGUAUCACUUUGGUGACAUAAUAUACAUCUUUGGCUGUGAAAGUGUACUAGGUAAGUUAAGAGUUUUAAGUGCAGCAAUAAAAUUUAGAGUUCUUGCAAGGGACAUUUAAUGCUAUGUUCUCUGCAACAUGCAAUCAUGAAGGUAAUCUGUCUACCCGAAGAAGAAAACUAAAAUGUAUGGAACUCAACGUUACAAGUUAGUGUCACAGAUCCGGCAUUAAUGUAAGAACAGCAGUGCAAUUUUAUUGCAGGAAUGAUUCAGCUAGCAGCUGCUGUGUAAUUUACUGGUGUAAAUGGCUAGAUUUCAUCAUUAUGUAAUGAUCAAAUUUCCCUUUGCUUAAAAUUUAUUGGUGUUUGUUUGGGCAGUUUGGAGGUUUUUUGUUUUUGAUGUUUCCCUAAUUUAAACAAGAUAAUUAUGUUCUGACUGUCUCUGGGGUGAAGUCCACAGUUUUCUCCAACACAAUUUUGCUCCACCGUGGUCUCUACGGUACUUCGUGUGCUAUUUGUUCUUCAUCCCGGUAUGCUGAUGAGUGAGCGUGUUCCCUUGCACGGCUGCUGGAUCGAUGUGAGCGGACUGGAGCGUUGCACGAAGGGCUCUGCCGUACGGCAGUUCAGUGGUCCCGUUCCGCUUCCGGACAGGGUGUGGGCCGAGACACGGGAGACGUCACUCUGCCUCGCUCCUGCCUAGGAUCUCCCCGACGGCUGCAUCGGGCACCUGCGCGGGCGGCUGCAGCGAAGACGCUUCGCUUUGCAGCGGCACAGAGGCGCGGGCGAGUUCCUCGCCGCGGCCCGGCUGGCUCUCGCGGGGGGCUACGCCAGCCCACGCCGUCACGCUGCGACUCAGCUCUGGGCGAGGGGUGCAUGAGUGUGGGAGAACGGCCCCACCCGGACCGGCGGGGAUAUUAACUUUUUGAAGCACAGUUGAAAAGAUACCUUUCUGUUGUUCAUUAUUUACAGUCAGCAAAUGCAAGGGAAAUAACAGAUACAGCAGCGUAAACAGCAAGGACAAAGACAUUUACAUCUGUAUUUAGAUACAUUCAAGAUGUUGUGUGGCGGGAAAAAAUCCUACUUUGCUGGUGCUGUGUGCAUUAUAAUGCUAACAUCAAUGGUCACGUUUUCUUAUCUUAGAAUACAGAGACUUAUUCACCUGCCAAAAAUAGUACAAGAAGGUAGUAGGUGUAGAGGGCAAACUGCAAAUGGCACAAUAACACCAUUAAAAGAUAACAGAACUUUUAUUAUAUCCCCAUACUUCGAUGACAGAGAAGGCAAAGUCACACGUGUGAUUGGGAUUGUUCACCAUGAAGAUGUCAAAGAACUAUACUGCUGGUUUUGUUGUCAGCCCCAUGGAAAGAUAUAUGUAUCAAAAGCAAAAAUAGAUGUUCACUCGGACAGAUUUGGAUUCCCGUAUGGUGCAGCAGAUAUAGUUUGCUUGGAACCUGGAAACUGUGAUCCAACACAUGUAUCAAUUCAUCAGUCUCCACAUGGAGAUAUUGACCAGCUAUCAAGGUUUGAAAUAAAAAACCGCAAAGCAGAGCCUUUCUCUGCUGACUUCACGGUAUGCAUCUCUGCCAUGUUUGGGAAUUACAACAAUGUCUUACAGUUUAUACAGAGUAUGGAAAUGUACAAGAUUCUUGGGGUACAGAAAGUGGUGAUCUACAAGAACAACUGCAGCCAGAUGAUGGAGAAAGUCCUGAAGUUUUAUUUGGAAGAAGGAACUGUAGAGAUAAUUCCGUGGCCAAUAAACUCAUAUCUCAAGGUUUCUCCUAAAUGGCACUUUUCUAUGGAUGCAAAAGACAUAGGCUACUAUGGACAAAUCACAGCUCUAAACGACUGUAUAUACCGCAACAUGCAGAGGAGCAGGUUUGUGGUUCUUAAUGAUGCUGAUGAAAUAAUUCUUCCCCUAAAGCACUCAGACUGGAAAACGAUGAUGAGCAGUCUUCAGGAGCAAAAUCCAGAAACUGGUGUUUUCCUCUUUGAGAACCAUAUCUUUCCUGAAACCAUAACCACUCCCAUGUUCAACAUUUCAUCUUGGAAUGCUGUGCCAGGUAUUAACAUACUACAGCAUGUUCACAGAGAGCCUGACAGGAAAGAGAUUUUCAAUCCCAAGAAAAUGAUAGUUGAUCCAAGAAAGGUGAUUCAGACUUCAGUCCACUCUGUCCUGCAUGCUUAUGGGACCAGUGUGAAUGUUCCAACAGAUGUUGCCCUUGUUUAUCACUGCCGCGUGCCCCUUCAAAGUAACCUUCCCAGAGAAUCUCUCAUCAGGGAUACGACAUUGUGGAGAUAUAACUCAUCGUUAAUCAUGAAUGUUAACAAAGUUCUCUAUCAGACAGUACUGUAAGCUCAAAAGAGAAACGUUGUCUGCAAAAAGCAAAAGUGGGAAGUUUCCUGCGCCCCAGGGAGGCAUAGGAUAUCAUUCAAAAAUCACGUUAAAAUCUCUUGCACAUGAGAAUUACAUAUCACAGAGAUUUGGGAGAACGACCCCUUUAUGUACAGACCAAAUGUAAAUGCAUUCUGCCUGUGUACUAUGGUAUGAUACCAUUUACCAAUCUGCACUGAAAUAGAGGCUGUGAUGGAGUUGUAUGCCCCUGAUAAAGGCUGCUGCAACUUCCUUACCUGGAAGAGUUAAGGCAUAGUGGGGGGGAUGAGUACUUUGACCUUUCUCUAGCUAAGAAAAUGCAUUAUUAAACACAUAGGAAGUGACCGUGCACUGAUUAGAUUUUCUUUGAACUUAUUUACAGCUUCCUUUUUAUUUUUCUACGUUCCUGUUUGUUUUACUUUGUGCAACAAACCUGUAAAAUGCCCAAAGAAGAAAUGAAUCUAUUUUUGUGUAUGUGGAAAUACAGCUGUGUUUAGCAUUGUCAUUAAUGGGUGGCUUGUGAUAGUAUGUGCCAGAUGAAGAGCUACAUUGGAAUUAACACAGCAAUUCAUUAUAAUCACAGAGACAGCAUAAGAAAACACCAGAUUGCACUAGAACUGUCAUAUGCUGAAGGCACUGCUUCAUAACAGAAACUGGAAUUUAUGGCAGAGCCGUUAGCCAUUUAAUGAUAGCAGAGAUCAAUGUAGACGAUUUUGCCUCUUCAGUGAGUUUUCAAUUAAAAAUAAAAUUUGUAUCUCAACUGAUUUAUGUAAUGCUGUAAUCUAUAUGCAUUUUUGAAUCUAUGUAUUAAAAAAACAUACAAUGAAUAAGUGGUAAAAUUAAUGCUCCUCAAUUGUUGCUGUUCAUAUGUCAUGACUUGGGUAGAAAAUUUUCCUGUAACAAUUUAAAUAAAACAAACAAAUGCACUGUGAAAGUAUCUGAGGAAAAGAUGUACCAGUUUCAACUGAAAAAAGUAUCCCAUGUAUUAUUAGAAAUAGAGUUUUUAAAAUGUUAAUAUAUUGUAACAGCUGCUGGAUUUAUGCUAAUCCAAAGAACACAUUGACUGUGUUUUUGAGACUUGUGCCUUUAAGAAAUGUGGUGCAUUUUUGCUACUCACAGCUCUUGUGAAUUAGUUAAUUAAAAAUGCUGCCUUUUGUUGAGAAGCUUUAAAAUAGAGGCAAGGGUUAUAGACUGCUGUUGAAGUAUAUAGAUUACUGGACUGAAGACUAUUUUUGAGAUGGAAAAGCAGAAGAAUGACUGUAUGAUACAUAAACAUAGUAAAUUUUUGUUAGUUUUCCUAGAACCAUAAGGCCUGAUAACAAAAUGUUUGUUCAUCAAAAUAAGCCAUUUUUACUAUUUUGUAUGGUGAGUUAUAUUGUAUUCCUUGCCUUAGGUAGGUGUAAAAGUACAGAAAAAAAAAAUAAUAACAAAAACAAAUAAACAACCCUCCUGCAAUGUAUUUAUUGAUUUUCCUUUGAAGGGUUAUGUGGGAAUAAAAAAAGCAAAAAACCUAUA